CCGCUGGCUGAUGGUACCACUGCUCAUGCAGGUGUGGCUGGCUGCAUCUCCAUCCCUCAGCGAGCGCCCAUGCCCCAAAAGCUGUCGCUGCGAUGGGAAAAUCGUCUACUGUGAGUCAAGCGCCUUUCGUGAUGUCCCCAAGAACCUCUCAGGGGGCUGCCAAGGCCUGUCCUUACGUUACAACAGUCUGGCGAGUCUCAGAGCCGGACAGUUUGUGGGCCUCAACCAGCUCAUCUGGCUCUACUUGGACCACAACUACAUUGCCUCUGUGGACGUACUGGCUUUCCAAGGCGUUCGGAGGCUCAAGGAGCUGAUCCUGAGUUCCAACAAGAUCACAAUGCUCCACAACACCACUUUCCACCCUAUACCCAACCUCCGCAACCUGGACCUGUCUUACAACAAACUGGCGGCCCUACAGCCGGGCCAGUUCCAGGGCCUCCGCAAGCUCCUCAGCCUGCACAUGCGCUCCAACUCCUUGAAGAGCAUCCCCGUGCGUCUGUUCCAGGACUGCAGAAACCUGGAGUUCCUGGACCUGGGCUACAACCGCCUGCGCAGCAUCACCCGCAAUGCCUUUUCAGGCCUGCUGAAACUGACUGAGCUGCACCUGGAGCACAACCAGUUCUCCAAGAUCAACUUCUCCCACUUCCCACGCCUCUACAACCUGCGGGCGCUGUACCUGCAGUGGAACCGCAUCCGCUCCAUGAGCCAAGGCCUCACCUGGACCUGGACCUCCCUGCAGAAGCUGGACCUGUCUGGCAAUGAUCUGCAAGAGGUGGAUGCUACUGUCUACCAAUGCCUGCCCAACCUUCAAACACUCAAUCUGGAUUCCAACAAACUGACCAACGUGUCCCAGGAGACCGUGUCAGCCUGGAUCUCCCUGACCACCAUCAGCCUGGCGGGGAAUGUGUGGGACUGUGGCCCAGUGAUCUGCCCCUUGGUGGUCUGGCUGAGGAACUUCAAGGGGAACAAGGAGACCACCAUGAUCUGCGCCGCCCCCAAGGAGGCCCAAGGUGAGAAGGUCAUGGAUGCCAUAGACACCCAUGGUGUGUGUCGGGCUACCGCCAUCACACCCCUCACAGCCAGCACCCGGCCCACCCCCUCUAAAGGCCCAGACCAGACAGAACACCACCCAGCCUACCCCACGCCCCACACCGGAGCUGGGAAGAGGGGAGAGGGAUCUAGAGGUGGCCCUACAUCUUCAGCUGUCACCCCACCCAUGGAACCACCACCUGAGCAUGAGUUUGAGCCUGUGUCCUUUCACAAGAUUGUGGCGGGGAGCGUUGCCCUGUUUUUGUCUGUGGCGAUGAUCCUGUUGGUGAUCUACGUGUCGUGGAAGCGCUAUCCCAGCAGCGUCAAGCAGUUGCAGGAGCACUCUGCCGCGGCUCGCAAACGGCGGAAAAAAGCUAGAGAGACAGAGCACACGCUGAGCUCCCCACUGCAGGAGUACUAUGUGGACUACAAGCCCACCAAUUCGGAGGCCAUGGACGUGCUCGUCAACGGGACUGGCUCCUGCACCUGCACCAUCUCAGGCUCCAGGGAAUGCGAGGUAUGA